UUAGAUGGCUGUGCUGGCCUGUUCCUGGCUAAUGGCAACUACGGCCGAAAAUCCAUCGCGAACUGCUCGCCAGUACUCAUUGAAUGGCGAUUAUGUCAUUCCUUAUUACGGCCCCCUUAUGGAUUUGCCGAGUUUCAAUUACAUCCCGGAGACUAGAGCGAAUAAUUAUUUUAAUCGACCUUUUUUCACGUCGCCACCUGCAGCUUCUUCCGGAGAAAGGACGUUCCAGACACUGAUCAAUCUUAUUACUGGAAGGCCUCUGCUGUGUCCAGCAUGUCCUACUUGCCCAACAUGUCCUACGUGCCCAGUUGUUCCGGUGAUUCCAGCCCAAGCAAUUACUUUAACCCCGGCCGUUGGAGAGUGUCUUACGACUGCUAUUUUGAAUACCGCUUCCGUGGCACCUUGUUCACGUGUAUCGGCAGCUCCCAAAGGAACGAUUGACGUCACAUUUUCCGAUACGACUAAAUUGCAAACGGUUACCAUUGGAAUCGUCGCCGUUGCGCCCAAUACUCAAAUCCAAUUGACUUGCAAAGCCAUUCCCACUGGCGGUGACUCUGUGGCCAAAACGCAAGUCGGUGCCAUAGCAAAGGACAUCCCGAUAACAUCGAAUGGAUUUUUGCAAAUUAUUGCGUCGGGUGCUGGUGCCCCGGAUACUGCAAUCAAGUUGACCUGCUCGUGGGUAUCGUCUUAGCCGAUCAUUUGACACCAUCUGAAUUUCUUUUUGGGUUUACCAUCAAUCAAUUUGAAGUGAGCCCACACGAAGAUAUAAAAUAAUUCUUUCUGUUAUACGAUUAUUGCCAACUGCAUUUUAUUUUAGACUGUUAAAUUUUUGGGUUUUAUUCUGUUUCAGUUAGAUCUGGGAAUCCCAUAUCUGUAGGUAUGCUUGUCCAUACUAUAUCUGGUGGUUGUCUGUUUCUUUUUUCAAAUUCAAAUACACACUGCACGCCAAA